CUUCCAGUCCACAGAAAGUCGUCCACUCCGAAACACCCUACUACACUUUUCAACUUCACCAAUGUAUGUAGCGCAUCGACUACUACCUUACCUGUAUAUAACAAUUACCACUUAUUUACCCUGCCUCUAGCAACGUCAUUCCGAAAAUGGACAAGAAAAGCGCCAAAGACGUCCCCGCAUCCACCGCCGCUCGCCCCGUCGAGAAGGCGGCACCCGCCAACAAUAAGCCCAAAGUACCUCUAGACAGCUCGCGCCGUGCGCUUGAGAUUCAUCUUGUCAGUGAGCAACUGCUCUUGAUGAUGCGGGAGGUGCAAGAUGCGCAAGAGAAAACGGUUUCCUAGGUAUCAGAGGAGUCCGCCCUCCUCCAUUUAGAAGCCGGGGCCUGUUUUGAAACACUGCGACAAAAGGUACCUUACCUACCUCUACUUCACUCAACCUACGGAGCACGACAUAACUCGGCAAUGGUUGGGAAGCAGUGACGUUGGGGGUAAUUUGGAUCAAAGUCUGGCCUGAAGAACUUGAGGGGACAUCGGAGAAGAUGGUAGAAAUUCGCAAUAGCGGUUGUGCUUUUGGAGGUUUGCUUAUGAGAUAGGCCUGGUUCGUUCUUCAGUUUUUCGAAAGCAUUAGCACCUCUACCUAGAUAGUUUUCGUCUAAAGCGAAGGGCUGGAAGUCAAGGGCGGU